UUGGCGUAAUAUAAACGCAUGCAGUUAGAGAUAUCAACUUAUAAUAGUGUAAUAGAGACAGAAUAGGAGAGGAUACUAGGGAAGUAAUAGACCAGUGGCUAGUCAGUUACAUCGGAGUUUUGUAUCGUUCACAAACCCCGUGUGUCUCUAGAGCACAAUUUCAGAAAGUCAUGUCCCGUACAUCUUUUAUUCUAUUUCUGGCAGUAUUUUUAUUUAUUUGCCAAGAAAUCACGGCAAGAAGAGGACGCGGCAAGGCCAGAAGCAGGUCUCGUGUUCAAAUUGGAAUGCCAAUUACCGGAAAGUAUCGUGAUCCAGAAAGUGAUCAAUAUUAUAAUAAUGCCGAUGGAGCAAAAAUUAUUCUCGCUUCUCACUUUGAUUUGGAAUACGUUCUUGGACAUAAAAUUGCAUUUCUUUGCACAGCCCGUGGAACUCCACGACCCCACAUAACAUGGUAUAAAGAUGGCAAUGAAAUUUACACUCAUCUCUAUUUACACGUUCACGAGUGGCAAAUUGGAGAAGACAAGAUAAAAUCGAAAUUAGAAAUUGAUCCCACAACUCAAAUGGAUGCUGGAGUUUAUGAAUGCACGGCUGAUAAUAUGUAUAGUAUUGAUCGUAGAUCAUUCAAGACUGAUUUCUCUAUUGUUUUCGAUUGAAAAAAUUUAAAUAUUAUAUUGUUUUUUAAAUUAUUCAAGACUAAAAAAAAUAUUACAAUAGCAAUAUAUUAUGUAAAAGAAAGAAAAAAAAAUCAACAAAAAAUUCCCGAUAAAUACACGAAGUGAGAAAACUUUUAUUUAUUUAAAACAAUUUUUUCUUAAUUUUUAUUAUCAGAAGUUGAAUUUUAAUCAUUAGUAUUGUCUACUGUAUUAGAAAACAAUCAUUUUUAAUUCCGUAAAUUAUUAAUUACUAUUUUUAAUACGAAAUGAUUUUGUAAUACAUUUUAGUUUAAAAAACAAAUUCACUAGAACAUUUCGUUUAGAAAAUUCUCUUUCCUGUAAAAUCCAAAAAUUAAAAUAAAUAAUAAUUCAUAUA